AUGCAGCACCGGGAAGAGGCCCGCCGGAAACGGAAGUCGGGAGGAAAACACCAGAUGGCGGCAUGUUGCGCCUGCAAGAAGAAACGGAAAAAGUGUGACGGGAAGUAUCCGAGGUGCUCUAACUGUCUGCGGCUAGGCCAUGAGUGCACGAUCAUCUACCCUCCGACUGGGAGAGAGAUACAAAGAGACUACUUGGAGAGGCUGGAAACAAAUGUGCGGGAGCUGGAGGAGAAGCUGCAGAGUGGGGACUGGCACAAGAGCUCCUCGGAGGCAUGCCUCAGCAGCUCGGCGUCGGAGUCACCCAACGAGGAGCCACCUUACCCGGCAAGAUACCCCCCUACUGCCAAUAAGAGUAAGGACUUGACACAGGAGGUUGGUUUUAUCUCCUUGGGUGCUGCUGGAGAACCGUGCUACAUUGGUGAGACGUCCGCAUACUCUAUUGCAAAGGUGAUCAGCUCCUCAAUUAACUGCUUCCCGCUUAGUGUCAAUACCUUCAUGGAUAAGACCAACGCCUCGCCCAUAUUCGAGCUGCCGUUCAAGUUUCCCAGUUUAGAAACAGCCUCCGAUCUGCUUGUAUGCUAUAAGAAAUCUGUGCAUUGUCAGUACCCGUUUCUGGACUGGCCCUUCAUAGAAAACUGCUUCGACCUCGUUGUCAAAAAGAAGAGCCAUGGCCACGUCCCCAUCUUCUUUAUUUUCAUGAUAUUUGCCAUAAGCUCUCAGAUCCAGGACGCAUCAAACAGCAACGCCUACUCGAGCUAUACUAAAUCAUAUUACAUGAAGGCGUUUGAGUGUGUCGGCCUGGUCAUCGAGUCAGUCAACAUAUACACAGUGCAGGCUUUUCUGCUCAUGUCUGUGUUUGCACAAAAGAUGCCCGACGGGGUUCCCGGCUGGCAGGCCAGCGGUCUGGCGAUCCGAACUGCAGUAGUACUGGGUCUGCACCGCAAAUCAUAUCAUCGGAAGAAUCAGCCUGUCACCAACGAGCAGCGACUGCUGCAGGACCUGAAAUCAAGGAUAUUCUGGUCGGCAUACGGGAUUGAAAGGAUCAAUGGUUUGAUUUUGGGCCGACCUUUCAGUAUUUCCGACAUUGACAUUGAUGCCCCAUUCCCGCUUGAGACACCGGAAACAAGAGUUGGUUGCUAUGUGGUAAAGCUUCGGAGGAUCCAAUCAAGCAUCUGUACUUUCAUCUACAAGCCGAUCCCACUGGUUGACCAGCAGGAAGAUGUCGAUGCAACACGGGUGGAGAUAUUAUUAGAGUUGAACGAGUGGCUAUCGACAUUCCCGUAUAAGGACAACGCGGUAUCUACAUUUGAGACAAACAACUGGUCGCUGAUAUCGUACCACAACUCGGUACUACUACUUUGGAGGCCAAUAAUUCUUGAGGUGGCCAAGUUAAAGGAAGAGUCUCCAAAACGUCACCUCGAAUGGUUCAAAGUUUUUACAGAGAGUGCCUCCGCCGUGUGCAUCAACUACAAGAACAUGCACCUGAAACGGAAGCUGAGCUACACUUGGUCGGCAAUGCACUGCUGCUUUGUCUCGGGUAUUUCGUUUCUCUUUUGUCUUUGGCUUGAUCGGUCCUUGAAGGUGUUGAAGUGGAAGCGCAAAAGCCUUGUGUACGAGACGAUCAGCGCCUGUCAGACAAUUCUGUACGUGCUUGCCGAGAGAUGGGGAUCUGCGUCAAUUUUCCGGGACUCUUUCGAAAGGUUGUCAACCAUUGUGAAGACUUGUAUUGACUCUGAGAAUGACAUGGAACCGCAUAACACUAUGAACGACAUACUAACUUCAGGAAUUUUUGUUGACGGAAGCAUCGGCAUUGAUUCGUACCUUACGGGGAAACAAUUCAAACAAAAGUUUCCAACAAUUGCAACCCCUGCCACAUCUGCGGCAGCUGCUGACACCGGGCGGGAACCAAUGGACAGCGGCAGCGACAACCUGGACUCUCUCUGGGAGUUCUUGGAUACCACGGGAGACAAGUAUCUCCGUGAUCUCUUCAACGAAAUGGAGGACAGUAUUAGCAUGAACGGUUAGGAAUAAAUAGUAUAAACUUUUCUAUACAUAACUAGAUCUUCUUUUCUUUCUCGCUUCUAAGUCUCUUUCUAAAACCUGCCUCCCUGUUUCCAUCCGGCGGAACAGUUCUGCACUGCAACCCAGAAUAGAACCAGUCAACCAUGGUAACUCCAUCGUAAACCGGCUUUCCCGUGGCUGCCUGGAUUGCUCUGGCGUACGGAGGCAUCUGCGUGCACUCAAGGACAAAAGCGCCAAUAUCCGAGUUGCUCUCCACCAG